AUGAAAACCCCAAUCUCUCAGCUCCUCUCCCUCCUCCUCCUCCUCCUGGCGGCCACAUUCUUCCUUAUCCCUCCAACAUUGGCCGCCGCCACUGAUUUCAUCCGGUCAGCUUGCAACACCACCGAUAACCCUGACCUCUGCUACUCCUCCAUCUCUCCCUACGCCAAGGUGAUCAAGCAAAGCCCUGCCGUUCUGGCUCGCAUAGGCAUCACCGUGGCCCAACCAGUGAUCCGCCGUGUAGCCUCCGAUGUCUCCGCUCUGUCCGGCAAAGCCAACAGCAGCUACGCGGGCGCGUUUAGCGUCUGCGAAGAGACCCUUGGGACCGCCGUAGAUAACGUAGGUGACGCAUUAUCUUGGAUGCGGCAGUUAGAAGAAGGGAAGGGCGGUAGUUUCGAGUACGUGAUAAAGGCCGUGAAUACGCAGUUGUCAGGGGCGAUGACGAACGAGAUGACGUGUACGGACGAGUUCGAACCGGAUGGUCCGGUGAAGAAGGAGGUAGUGGAUCGGGUGACGUACGCGUUUGAGUUCACAGGCAUCGCCUUGUCGCUAGUGACUUAUUACGCUAAUCAUCACUGA